CUCCGUUCUUGGGUGAAGACAAACAGCAGACGUUCCUGAACAUUUCCAAACUCAACGUCAGCUUCGUGGAGGCGGAGCUUCAGCCUUCGGACGCUGUGGCCUUCAUCCAGAUGCUGCUGCUGCCAUGGCAACGGAAGAACGGCCCUGGGGAGCCCACCUGCCCUGGGGAGCCCACCUGCCCUGGGGAGCCCACCUGCCCUGGGAGUCCACCUGCCCUGGGAGUCCACCUGCCCUGGGGAGCCCACCUGCCCUGGGAGUCCACCUGCCCUGGGGAGUCCACCUGCCCUGGGAGUCCACCUGCCCUGGGAGUCCACCUGCCCUGGGGAGCCCACCUGCCCUGGGAGUCCACCUGCCCUGGGAGUCCACCUGCCCUGGGGAGCCCACCUGCCCUGGGAGUCCACCUGCCCCGGGGAGUCCACCUGCCCCGGGGAGCCCACCUGCCCCGGGGAGUCCACCUGCCCCGGGGAGCCCACCUGCCCUGGGAGUCCACCUGCCCUGGGAGCCCACCUGCCCUGGGGAGCCCACCUGCCCUGGGGAGCCCACCUGCCCUGGGAGCCCACCUGCCCUGGGAGUCCACCUGCCCUGGGAGGCCCCCCGCCCUGGGGAGCCCACCUGCCCUGGGAGUCCACCUGCCCUGGGGAGUCCACCUGCCCCGGGGAGCCCACCUGCCCCGGGGAGUCCACCUGCCCUGGGGAGCCCACCUGCCCCGGGGAGUCCACCUGCCCCGGGGAGCCCACCUGCCCUGGGAGUCCACCUGCCCUGGGAGUCCACCUGCCCUGGGGAGCCCACCUGCCCUGGGGAGCCCACCUGCCCUGGGAGCCCACCUGCCCUGGGAGUCCACCUGCCCUGGGAGUCCACCUGCCCUGGGGAGCCCACCUGCCCUGGGAGUCCCCCUGCCCUGGGGAGUCCACCUGCCCCGGGGAGCCCACCUGCCCCGGGGAGUCCACCUGCCCCGGGGAGCCCACCUGCCCCGGGGAGUCCACCUGCCCUGGGAGUCCACCUGCCCUGGGAGUCCACCUGCCCUGGGGAGCCCACCUGCCCCGGGGAGUCCACCUGCCCCGGGGAGCCCACCUGCCCUGGGGAGCCCACCUGCCCUGGGAGUCCACCUGCCCUGGGGAGUCCACCUGCCCCGGGGAGCCCACCUGCCCCGGGGAGUCCACCUGCCCUGGGAGUCCACCUGCCCUGGGAGUCCACCUGCCCUGACAGAACUUCAGCUGGAUCCACCUGGGACGCUUGGGACAAGUGGAGGGUGGUGUGUCUGUGUGCUCUGUCGGUGGAGGACACCGAAGACAUCUACCUAUUUGGAUUUAUGACAGAGGGACACCUUCUGAUUGGUCUGGGGAUGGCCCAGAUCUGUGGCAAAAUCAGCGAGACAGCAGCACGCAAAGACACCCCGCUGCUGUCGAUGGAAAUGAAGAAGCACUUUAGAGCGGUGAGUGACAAUGUGAAGGAAUUCCAACGGGUGGUGACGCAGUCGGAGGACAGUGUGGCAGACCAGAUAGCUAAUAUUUCUGUAGUAUUAUGGCGUACAUUUGGCAUUUUUGUCAUUCUGAAAACCUUUAGUCUGAACUGUGGUCUGACUAAGGUUAUCUAUAAUAGAUGUGGAGGCACCAGCAGUAUCUGUCUGAGUUCUGGCAUAUGUGUGCUGAACUGGGCACAGAGCAGAUCCAGUACAGGGAUGGUAUGGCAUGUUUAUGGCAAGAAAGAAGACUGACUAAAGAGCACCAACAUCUGACUCCAUAUAUGGAUGUGUUUUGGUUGUGUUUGGCAUAUUUCUGUAAAGCCAAAACACUGCACAAAGAGCGGGAAUUUCUACCCAGAAGAAAACCC